AUGAAGGAAAAUUAUAUGAUUAGACACUUAUUUAAGAAAUAUGGUUUAAAAUGCUAUAACAGUAUGAGUAAAGGGUUGUUAAGUAAUAUAAGAAAUGGAAAUUCUAUAGUGCUAUAUGAAAAAAAUGUAAAUAAGAAUUUAAUGAAUUUAUUAUAUAAAAAACAUUAUAACACAUAUAAAAAUCGAGUUUUCAAUUCAGCUAUGUAUAAUAAUACACCUUCGAAUUAUAUGAACAAUCCAGAAAAUAAUAAUAUGAACCAUUUACAAAAUAAUUCUAAUUAUAAAUAUGAAAACCCAAAUAACUAUUAUCAACCAAAAUAUAAUAAUAAUCUAAAUAAUGAAACUAAUGAAAAUAAUACGACGUAUCAAUAUUUCAGUAUAUUCGGAAGUACAGCUAUGUGUCUAAUCAAACCCAUAUUUCCUGAUUAUAUAACAAACAAAAACAAAGUAACUAUAUAUGGUAAAGGUGGAUUUCAAUUUGUAUUUAUGAGAAAACAAAGUAAUUCUAAUAAAUAUGACAAAAACAAUAAAAUGAAUAUAUUUAUUAAAAUAAAUAGUUUAUCAAAUGUUUUAUCUUUAAAUGAUGUAGAGAAAUUAAAAAAUCCUAUAAUCAUCAAAGGGAGUAAUAAUAACUAUUUAACAAUUGAUAAACAUAAAGAGAAAAAAGAUCAUAUUGUAAUAAAAUAUAAAUACCAACCUUCUAAUAGUCCUGAAAACAAUUUUAAUGAUAUGAAUAAUAUGGAUACAGACAUUAAUGAAAAUAUGAUUAUUAAUGAUGUUAAUGAUGAAAAGAGAAACAAUUUUGAAGAAUUGCAUGUAAGCUUUUCCUUUUCCGAAUUUCUACUCUUUCAAAAAGCUGCUAACUUAUUAUUACCUCAAUUAAUAGGAUGGGCAAAACAAUAUUAA